AUACCAGUUAGCUGUAGCCGCAAAACUGACAUCACAACACACAACUGCUCAUCUCUUACCGGGUACCGUUACAUUCCGGGUCAGGGCCACGUCAUGGCUGCUCUCAAGAUCCGGAAGUAUCAGAAGGAUGACGAGGAGGCCGUGAAGGAGACCUUCACACUGGGCAUGAGCGAGCACGUUCCCUCGUCCUUCAUGCACCUGCUGAAGCAGCCCCUCACCCAGAUGGUGAUGAUGUGUGUGUUCUGCGCUCUGCUGGCCAGCUCCCGGUCCAUUAUGCUGCCCGUGAUGGCUGUCACUCUCCUGCUGGCGGGCGCCAGGCAGCUGGUGGGCUACCUGUUCACCAGCUACAUCGACACCUCCCUCAGAAAGGACCUCAACCACAUCCAGGAGACCUACCUGGAGCAGAAGAACUCGUGCUUCUGGGUGGCGGAGUGGGAGGGCCGGGUGGUGGGCACCGUGGCCUGCCUGCCGGCGGAGAGGGAGCCCGGAUGUCUGGAGCUGAAGCGCAUGUCGGUCCUCCGUACGCACCGCGGCAGGGGCAUCGCCAAGGCGCUGUGCCGGACGGUAGCAGAGUUCACCCAGGAGCGCGGCUUCCCGGCGGUGGUCCUGUACACCUCGGUGGUGCAGACGGAUGCUCAGAAGCUGUACGAGCACAUGGGCUACACCAAGAUCAGGGAGUUUGUCAUUCCCGAGCUCGUGGCGAAAAUCACAAACUUCUCCCUGAUCGAGUACAGACUGGAUUUGCAGAAACAGGACUGAUGAAAAGUGAUGGGCGGACUUUGACGUUGCAUUCCUCACUGAAUCCCCAGUAUAUCCCCUGUAUAGAUCAUGUCGACCACGCUCUGCCUAAACAGAUAUACUAAACUGAAUACAAUAGAGGCAUUUGAUAUGUUUUACUGACUUAUUAACUGUACUGAUGCAUUAUGUAUUUUAUUUUUAAUAAAGUGUGAAGUAUUCGGU